GUCUCCUCCAGCCAGUGAGAGACUGAGGGUCCUUCAGCACACCACACACUACCUGCAUGAGGUGUAGAUUUAUUUCUGGAUCACUCAAGAGCGCAUCACAGACCUGCAUUCAUUCACGGAUGACCAAUGUAGAUUCUGGAGCCUCAAUAACGCGUGAUUGAGGGACUAUAAAACCGCACACACAAACCAGAGCGAUCUUCACGCAAAUCCACUGGACAGAAGGAAACUCGCGACACAUGGAAGAUCAUCUGAAGAACUCCGAGAAGGAUAUUAAAGUUCGUUUGGAGACCAAGAAACUCUUUGAGGCAGGAGAUCUGAGGAACACGCGGACAUGAUAUUUGAAGGCUGCUCAUUAUCGGUUUAAAUGUGUGUUUCUGAGGUUUUAGAUGGAUUGGUGUUCUACGAGGGAUGCUCGUAGAUAAGCAUACGUGAACUGGGACUGAAGAGCGCAUUUCAUCUGAUCAAAAGUGCAGCUCAGUUGUAACAUCGUAGUAUAUAGUGACUUUAUUAUUAUUAUUUUCCACGAAAGUCAUGCUGAUUCGAAGCCAGGCUUUACGGUGGGCAGUUUUCUUGACACUUUGUGCUCUGAUGGUGAAGGGCUUCCCAGCAAAAAGACGCAGAGCAAAUCACAUCAAGAGCAAGAGUGGUGCAUCUCUGGAGGUUAGAGGUCAUGGUGGCUCCAAGGAUGUCAAGCAGUCUUUGCAAGACAUUCAGGGUCAAAACCAACUAAGGAGCGAGUUGCCUUUGCCUCGCCGUCAUAAAAGGAGAUGGUCACGGAUUCACUCGGAGGGAGUCCUUCCCAAACCUGCUCCAGAGGAAGAAGAGGAAACCUUCAUUUUAGACCUGAAGAACUUCCCUGACCUUGCCAAUGCAGACCUGGGCUCCCAGAACCCAAACAUUCAAGUGACCAUUGAGGUUGUGGACAGCCCACAGAUGGAGAUUGAGAUGGAUCUGGCCAAGGAGAGCAGGAACGACUGGUCCUUGAGCUCGGAGGAAUGGCUAGGCCAUAAAAAGCUCUUCUGGCCACUGUUUUGGGAAUACCACGACUCCAGUCAGGAAGGUCCCGGGCAAGGCAGUCUGGAGGAGAAUGAGGAGGACCUCAUCUAUGAAGGAGAAGACUCCUUUUUGAGUGGUGUGGGUGCAGACUGGAACAGUCGAUGGAAGGGCUGGGACUCUACGGACAAUUACGAAUAUGAGGAGGAAGAAUGGAGUGAUUGGUCACCAUGUAGUGCCACCUGUGGACAGGGGAAUCAGAAGAGGAUUCGCUCGUGUGGCUAUGCCUGCACUGCUACAGAGUCACGGACAUGUGAUUUAGAGAGAUGUCCUGAUGACAUAAUUCCUGUGACGGAACCAAGUCCUCAUGAAAUGGCAAACAACACGGAGCUUUUGGGAACAGAUGUUGACAGCUGUGAGAAGUGGCUGAACUGCAAGAACGACUUCCUCCAGAAAUACCUACACAAAGUCCUGACUGAGUUACCCAAUUGCCCAUGUGUCUACCCAUCCGAGGUGGUCUACAGUGCUGUCAACGUUUUUGACAGGAAGCUGCAGAAGACCUAUCGAUGGCGAGAUGCCAGCGGCCCCAAAGAGAGACUGGACAUCUACAAGCCCUCCGCCAGGUUCUGCAUUCGCUCCAUGCUCUCCUUCGACAGCACUACUCUGGCGGCACAACAUUGCUGCUACGAUGAUCACAUGAAGCUCAUCACACGAGGAAAAGGUGCCGGGGCCCCAAACCUCAUCAGUACAGAGUUCUCCCCGGAGCUUCAUUACAAAGUGGACGUGCUCCCAUGGAUCCUGUGUAAAGGAGACUGGAGCCGCUUUCAUUCGGUUCGGCCUCCCAAUAACGGUUUACAGUGUGUUGACAACCCACAGGAAAACGUCUAUAUGAAUGAGCUAGAAGAGGCCAGAGAGUAUUGAAUUCAAGAAAACCUACCAGAGUGGAUCUCUUAAAGGCAAUUGAAGCCUGAUUUCUGAUUGGGUGACUGUUUCACAGAUGUUCUCUCGAAUUUAAUUGAUUUUAAAUGCAACUUUGGAGAGAUCCGUCUGGAAACUGUAGUUAAGAUACUGUCAUGAGCGGUUUCGUACAGCUCCACUGAUUGAACAUGUUGGCCCGAAGCCCAGAUAAAAGAGCAAGUAAACUUAGACAACCCAAUAGCAGCUUUUUAAAUCAACUGAAGAGUCAAGAAAGCAAGAUUUAAUGGAAUAACACUGAAUUUCAGUCUUUACAAAAUGACAUUUGAUCAAUUGUCAUUGAAUUUUAUUUUACCCACAGGAAGACAACAACAUGAACGAGCUAUAAGUGGCCAGAAUGUACUGAGUUUUACAUCAAAAACCUUCCAGAGUGAACAUCUUGAAGGCAAUUAAAGCCUUGUACAGUACUUUCUGAUUGGGUUCUCGAAUUUAAUCAAUAUUAAAUGGAACUUCGUCUGGAGAUUUGUCUGGAAACUAGUUAAGAUACUGUCUUGAGCUGUUUCAUACAGCUCAACUCAUAAAACAUGUUGGCCCAAAGCCCAGAUUGGAAGAUCACGAUGCUAAUUUAAAUAGAGCAAGUAAAUUUAUACAACGCAAUAGCAGUUUUUUAAAUCAAGUGAAAGUCGAGAAAGCCAGAUUUGAUGGAAUAAUGCAGAUUCUCAGUCUUUAUAAAAUGACAUUUGAUCAAUGGCCAUUGAAUUUUAUUUUAACUGCAGGAAGGCGUCUAUAUGAACUUGCUAGAAAAGAGCCUGAGAGUACUGAAUUUAAGAAAACCUAUCAGAGUGGACGUCUUGAAGGCAAUUGAAGCCUCGUACAGUACUUUCUGAUAGGGUAACUGUUUCACAGAUGUUCUCUCAAAUUUAAUUGAUAUUAAAUGGAACUUUGGAG